AUUUAACAUAUGAAUACACAUUAUAACCUAAUAUUGAACAGAGGAGCGGGUUACGCCCCCUAGAUCACACGCAGUUCUAUCGUCGUGAACACGUAGUUGAGAAGUGAGAUGCAAAGACAUGUAUUUUGAAGUCCCUUAUAUGGAAGAGGAUUGUGCUAGAGGAUUCUAUUUGUAGAGUCUUGGAUGGAGCUAAGAAAUCCGAGGUCAAUAUCUUUUAGUCAUCGCAACGAACGAGAUGACUAAAACUUUGCCAAUUACUCGAUUUUCUAAAUUUGUUGAUAUUCUCGAAAUUGAGAGGAUACAUAUAGCCCCAGUUUCAUUCUAACUUCGCCACUGAUAGCAGAGUCCGGGAUAAAAUAAAACCAUGUGAAGGCAUGUGUAGCUAGUUUGCUAGAAGUCAUGCGUGGACUUGACUACGUAAGCCCAUCUCGACGUGGUUAUCUGUAACCCCAAGCAUCCACAUCCAUAAAAUACGUAUCCAAGAGAUAAACAUGUUACACCGUCACUAGCUAGCUACAUCAAUGUCGAAGAAUCGCAAACUAUGGAAAAAAAUAUGUGCCAUAGCUGACGAUGACAACCUUACGAUAGUGUUUUCGCACUAAGCACCGUGAAAAUACAUGCCACUCAGCCAAAGAAGAAUGAUGGAGAGUUGACCGAAAUGAGCACUAAAUACUUUUCGAGAAAUCUCCUCCAAAUCACUGGUAUGGCUAUCGACUAUCGAUCUCUUUCUAAAUCCAUGUGUUGCAUAAAUCACAAUCCCUCCCCCGUGCGAUUUGGUGCAGAGAACGUAGCUUUCUGGGAUUUCGAAGGGACAACAGAGACGUGCACGGCGCCGUCCCUUUCUUGGCUUAGUUUUCCACAAAUAAAACCAUAUCUUUUGGUGACUAAAUGGUCACUGAUGAUGAAAUUCGUUUUCUGUCUUUGUUCAAGUAAAACUCAACCGGCUACAUGUAUGCAUACAAUUUGCAAUUGAUCAACUCGUGUAGGGUACGCAUGCAUAGUAAAAAAUAAAAAGAAUUGAUUGAUUUGAGCUCGAUUGUUUGUUUAAUUAGCGUUAUUAAACUUGUGACAACUUGCUUAAUUAAUGGUUGAUUAAUAUCUGUUAUCUCUAUCAGUACUUUUGUCUACAACAGGAAAUGACAGUAAUAUGUUAUAACUAAUAAGUGUUUGCUACUUUGCUUCGUUGACCUUGAUUAGAGUGUACAAUUAGGGUAAUUGUUGGGGUAUAUUAACGAAACUAUUAAGUGAAAUGAGUGAGAGAUUUUAACGACCUAGUUUAUUUUCAUGUUGGACUGAGAUCCUGUUGAGAUUUGGAAUCUUUUUCAUGGAGUAAUUAGAGAUCAUUUAUAAAUCGUCCUGUUUUGUUGAGAGAAAUUCAAACAUUAUUAUUAUAAAAUUCGAGAGAAUUCGAACACAAAACUAAAUGUACGAUUCAGAUUGACUCUCUGUCUUGUCGGCGUGGGUUCUCCUCCAACCUCUCCCGUGAUCUGUUUGUUUAGUAUGAUCCCAUUGAUUGAGAUUUUGUUCGCUGAAUUUCGAUCGGCCGGGAUUUCGGCCACCGCCCACGUGCAUGGCGAGCACAAAUUAUGUUGAAGCUGCCGUCAAAGAAACAGUAAAAACAAAAACGUAAAAACAAAAACGUUUUUUAAUUAUCAUAUAUGUGAGGAGGGAAGCACACGUGGCAAUUGCCCAAAUCAUGGAUUACUGUCUCGUAUUAAUAUAAUUUUUUUUUGUAUAUAUGUUAAAGAAACUAUUAUUUGCAUGUGAAGGUAAAUUGACCUCAUCAAUGUCAUUGUAAAUUUCAGACUCUAGGAGUGGACUUGGGUUAAAAGUAGUGGUUGACUUCGUUUGUCUUUUACUGAAAUCAAUUUGUUGGGCCGAUCUUCUUACCCCCGUCCAUUUUAGCCCAAUAGCAGUCUCGGCCCUAGGAGAGCGCAUCCGUUUGAUGCAUGAGCCCAUCCAUAGCUCGAAAUUGUUACAUAUCUAACUUUUGGACUAUUUCGGAAUUAAAAAAAAAUUAUGUACAAGAAUGUCAUUCUAAAAAUACAAUACCUAAAUAUAUUUUUUGAAAAGUGUAUUCCUAAGUUAGAUAUUAAAUUUAUGUAUGAAACUACAAAAUAUAAAUAUAUAUGUACUACUUUGUAAUUCUAUAGCAAUCAAUGCAUCCACUAAUCUAUUGGAUUAAUUAUUUUUUUUAGAGGAAGAAUUAAAUUGAAUUCAAACUGUCACCUACUUGAUUCUUAUAUGCAAUGCUCAUUUUCCUAUUUUCUCUUAUUCGUCUUUAAUCUUCUGCACGCAGUUAUGGAGUCGUAUGAUAUAAUUGUCGAUAUUUAAAUCUAAGACCUACAAGUUAACCAAACCUAUCGACCAUACAAGCUCUUUAUUGACCUCAAUAUUAACUUCAUCUCCUUACAGAAAGUUUGAAUUCUGGUGAAGAAGAAUAUUGUUAACAUUUCAUUUAUUGUCUAGCAUGUAUGAAAACUAACAAUAAAGGGAAAAGACAGGCAGAUUUUAUCUUAUGAUAUUUUGGUAGAGAAUAAGUCAUAUUCACUCUGUUUUCCCCAUAGACUUAGCUUUUAGUUGGAAUAUAUAUUUUCCAUAUGAAUCGCACACCUCCGUUACAGUUUAUGCUAAGUGUAUAUAAAGACACAAAUCUAUAAUAAGAAUUCUCCAUCUUCAUUCGGUAAUCUUUCCUGAAAUUCGACUCUUAGUAUACUCUACAGAAACAUCAUAAAUCGAAACAAAAACAUCCAAGAUAUGGAUCACAUCUCGAUGAAGUUGAUCUUCUUGGUUACACUCUUGGUUUUUACCGCUGGUGUAACGAACAUUGGAGCAGAAGAAUUCACCGGAGAUAACAACGACGGCGCCGACUUGGGGGCAUCGGCUUUCUCGUUAAAGAAUCCGUGCUCAAGAGUGAAGUCAUGUAGUUGUGUCCUCGGAGUUUGCGUUUGCAAGAUCCAUGGCGGCUCGGCUCUGACGUCAUCUUCCCGACCACUCAGCGCCGGAGGUGAUCACGAUGACGACGUCGUCGGCACGGGGCUUAACCACGUUAGAUGCGAGCUAGUGACGGCGUGUAGUUGUGUGUUCCGAACUUGCUUUUGCCUGGAGCGCAGAAAUCCUCCGUCAUCUCUCCGAUCGCACGGCGCCGAGGAGGAACUCGUCUGAAAAUCGUAGCUUAGGUUGAUGAUGAAUUUCCGUUGUUUAGUUUCUUGAUUAGAUAGAUUCGUAAUAAUACCAUAGAAUGUAUUGAUCUAGUACUAGCUAUCUAGUAGUAUUUAGUUCAAUAAAGAGAAUACUCUUUUUUUUAAGUGGCGUGUUAGAGAGUGGUAUAAGAUCGAUCCAACAUAACCUUCUCACAAUGAUAUGUGAAAGUUAAGGCAUUCUUGUUGGCUCAAACACAUACAUGAUAUGUGAAAUCAUAAAGAUCAUUAUUAAAAGAGGAUAACGUAGAACAUUUCACGCCACUAAAUAAUUAAUGGCCAGUUCAACUCGCUUCUUGUUGUGUAAAAGCAAAAUGCACUAAAGGUAAUUGGUUGAGCAGAAAGGCGAAUGAACAAAUAUCGUAUAAUUGUUUGUGUCUGAAUAUCAUGAGAAUCUGUAUUUCGAUUGUUGCAACACCGUCAAACACUUACUGCUUAAUCUUAAGUUUCUCUCCUUAUAGAAAGUCUGAAUAGGCCAGUAUCAAAAAUGGAAGAGUAGCACAAAAGAAUAUUUCUAUCAAUUCACUUCUAGCCUUAGAUGCAUGAAGGAUAACAACAAUGGAAACGAUUAAAUAUCAUAUGGCACA